AUGAGCGACCCCACGCUUCCACUCACGACGAUGGAGUGGGCCGAGUGGGGCAACCCGAACGAACUCGAAUAUUUCGAGUACAUGUUGCAAUAUUCACCCUAUGACAAUGUCAAGGCCCAAGCGUACCCCAACCUGCUCGUGACCAGUGGCCUCUUCGAUCCCCGCGUGGCCUACUGGGAAGCCACGAAAUGGGUGGCGAAGUUGCGUGACUUGAAGACCGACAACAACCAGGUCCUGCUCAAGAUGAAUCUGGACUCUGGGCACUUUAGUGCGAGCAAUCGAUACCAAUCCCUCAAGGAGAAGGCGGUGGAACUCAGCUUCCUCUUGGAUAAGCUCAAGUACCACCACAAGUGCUAAAAGUAGUAGUAACCCACGUCACAGUCGUCUUGUAUAUCAAUUGUAUUCCAUUCGUG